UUCUUCUGAUGGCGAAUCCAGCUACCAUAAGCUCCGAUCCUUACUCGAAUCCGUUUUAUCUUCAUGCUGCUGACAAUUCCGGUGUUAAUCUGGUCACUGACAAGCUCACCGGUGAAUCCAACUAUCAUACAUGGCGCCGAUCUAUCAUCAAGGCUCUCAAUGCGAAAAACAAGCUUGGAUUCAUCAAUGGCUCUAUCGUCAAACCGUCUGAAACCGAUGCUGAUUACGGAUCAUGGACUCGAUGCAACGAUAUGGUAUGUACUUGGAUUACGAAUUCUGUUUCGAAGGAUUUGAGUUCUGGAACAGUUUAUUUUGAUGAUGCACAUUUGUUAUGGUUGAAUCUGGAAGGUAGAUUUAGGCAGAGUAAUUUGUCAAAGAUUUAUAGUGUUCAAGAUCAAUUAGAUCGCUUACAUCAAGGAUCUUUAGAUCUCAGUGCCUAUUACACUCGACUCACUACUUUAUGGGAAGAACUGAAAAAUUUUGAAGAGCUACCUUCCUGUACUUGUGGUCACUGCACUUGUGGAUCUAAUGAUCGUUGGCUUCAGUUGUAUGAGCGGCGUAAUAUUGUUAGAUUCUUGAUGAGGCUUAAUGAAUUUUUUGCUCAGACUCGUCGCCAAAUUCUCAUGAUGGAUCCUCUUCCAGAGUUCACUAAAAUCUACAAUUUCAUUUCUCAAGAUGAACAACAAAAAGGUUUCACUAAUCUGCCUAUACCAGAAGCUCCAGUGUGCCAAGCUUCAGUGACUUAUUCAAAGCAAAAGAGCUUUCACCAACAAGGGAAGCCUCGACCUCUCUGUACUCACUGUGGUUUGCUUGGUCACACUAUUGCACGAUGCUAUAAGCUUCACGGGUAUCCACCUGGUUAUAAGAUACCUCCAACUUCUGGUUACACAGCAGAGAAACCAAAAUCUUUUCCACAGCAAAAUGGAGUUCACAUGGUGUAUUCUCAGUCUCCAUAUCAGAUGGCUUAUAUGCACAAUCCGCAGAUUCAAUCUCCACAGAAUCAGAUUUACUACAAUGGCACUUCUUAUGUUCCCAUUGGUCCUUCUUAUAUUGCUUCUGCUUCUGUUGGUACUCCUUCUGCUUCAAUUGGUGCUCAAUCUGGUCCUUUCUUUCAUCCUGGACAGUCUUCAGGACAAUUGACUGCUGAAACUCCUAUGGUGAAUCAUUCUGUCAACAUGGUCAAUACUGGUAGAGUUUUCACUCCUGGUACUAGCUCACACGGUGGGGAACAAGCUUCUCAAAUGGUUACUCACUUGAACAGACAACUUCAGGGUUCUCCGUAUCAAGUUAUAUGUCCUCAGCCUGUCUCACAACAUAUUGGUUCAAUCUCAGCACAAGGAUCAUACUCAGGCUUGGACGAUUGGUAGAGGAGAUCAGUCCAAUGAUCUUUAUCUCUUAAAUCCACCGGCUCCACCUGAUACACAUCAUCAUCAUCUUGCAUUCUUUGCUGUUUCUCCUGAGCUUUGGCAUCAGCGUCUUGGUCAUCCAUCAAAUUCAAGAGUUCAAACUUUAUCUUCAAAUUUGCAUAUUCCUCAGAAACUUUCUGAAUUUCAUUGUAAAGUUUGUCAUUUGUCAAAACAAAAACGAUUGCCUUUUAUUUCAAAUAAUAAACUUUCUGAGGAACCU